UUGGUAAUAACCAUUGAUCUUUUUCAUCAACAAUUAAAAGCUGAGUUGUAGUUCAUAUUGACUAUGCAAAUCAUCAGUGCUUUGCUUACAUGAAAAAUUGGAGAAGUGUUUCUGAAUUGAAACUUGAGAGCAAGAGUGACGCCCUGCAAUUUGAGAUGUUACUAAAUGCUUAUUGUUAUACACUUGUAGCUAGGCUAAGGUGUCUUUUUUUAUGGGAGUAUUAUUAUAAAACUUAUAGUUGCAAAAUGAUUCAUAAAUUCUAACUCUUAACAUCCUUGGCAUACUUCUACUGUCAUGACACCCAUUUGUAUAUGGUUGUAAUGAGAUAUGUGGGACUGAGUUUUACAUGCUCUCUUAACAGCUCAAUUUUUAUUCAGUGAAUGUUGUGGUUCCUUUUGUAUGAAUUUACGUAGAUCCAUAUCUUUGGGCCUUUUCAAUUUCUUAUUUUCUCCUACAAUUCAUUGGCUUUCUUUUUCUUUAUGGUUGCAUUGACUUGCUUAUAUUCCAGGAUAAUCAGACUUUCUGUUGUACCCAAGAAGUCUGAACUUGAGAAAUUAUGCAUCUAGAUCGCUAAAUAUAGCUGUCAUUAUACCAUUCGUAAACAAGGUAUUUGUUGACACGGGUUAGUUUCUUUGCUUUUAUACGAUUGGAUGCUUCGUGUCUUUGUUGUUUGACAGGUUUAUCAUAUAUCUGCUGGCUGGUGCACUAUGUGGGCAUAAAUUGUGCAUUUCAAUUUAUUUAAAUUACAGCCAAGACGAAUUGGGUGUUCUUAUUGCCUUUUUUACAGUUUAGAUUUUAUUGGGUGCAUUUCAACGUUGGCGUGCUUACUCUUAUAAUUGUGUGCAUCAUGCUGCCUCUUUUUUUUUUUGGGUUCUUUAUAUGUUCCUUUAGGAGAUGUCUCUUAGUCUAUUUUAUACACCUUAUGCCUCAGCAUUUCAUGUCUUUUUUCUCCCCCUUUUUUGUUUCUCCCUCUUUUUUGUCCUCAAGAUAGGGGCUGUGAGUGAUUCUUCUCCUUGUCAUUUCACCACCAUGCCAAGCUAUUAUUGUUUUGUUUCUCUCCUCAAAAUCAUAAACUAUUCACAACCCCCUAGCCCAAGAGAAACAAAGAGGAGAAGAAAACCAAUUGCAUGGAGGAGAACAUGGGAAGAAGAAGCCAUGGAGAAGAAAUGGGAUGCAAACACCUGAGGGGGAGGAGAGUUGGCUCCUAUCUGUAUCUUGAUGUAACUAUUGAGGUUGGUUGAAUUUCUUGAUAUGUGUUCGUCGACAAAUACAUACGUGUCAUCUUGAAGUAGCUGAAGUCUUUAUACAUACAGGUACACAACUUGGUUUUGUUAGUUUCUUAUUUUGAGCAAUUGAAACUUUGUCAAAUUUUUAGCAUCAGAAGUCCUGUGAGUUUGGCAGGACAUAGUUUUGCAAUAACAAGGUGGAUGAAUAAUAUUUUCUUAUUGAUUGUUGAUGGAGAUAUUGUUUAGCUUGUUGAGUCUACGAAAGUCUAG